UUCACUUUACGCAAUACCCUCCUCACUUUCUCUCCAACCAAAAAAGAAACAAAAAGCAGUGAUUUGAAUUGGAAAUAGGAAGAGAGCAAAGAUGGUGGACUUGGCAAGGGUACAAAAGGAGCUGCAAGAGUGCAAUAGAGAUGUUGGGGUUUCAGGAAUAAGUGUAACCCUUAAAGGUGACAGUCUCACUCACUUGAUUGGUACAAUCCCUGGUCCUCUUGGUACUCCUUAUGAAGGUGGUUCUUUCAAGAUCGAUAUUACUCUUACUGGCUCAGGCCCUUAUGUUUGGGGGAAGUACGGAAAGGGUUCCACUGUCAUCGUUAAUAUAUCUACCUGAAUGCAAAUGAGUCGGACCAUUAUUAAUUACUAUAAGUAUUUGAAAGCAGAAUACAUAUGCGGCUCCUCAGACUUUCCAAAACAUUUCAUUUAGACAUUUUAACUAAAGGUAUGACUUAUUGAAUACUUGAUUUUUGUUGAAAAUGUGCCUAUUGAACAGCCAGCCAAACAUUUGAACACGUGAGGUUUACAUGCUUGAUGUGGAAAAUGUAACCAAUGAGAAAUAGACAUGUUCGAUAGCUUUCUCAAACCCCUGCAAUUCUUUGCAAAAGUUACCAGCAUUUACUCAUAACAUGUGUUUGCGCACGUUAUUGAGGCUUUCUUAUAUGUAAAAGUGGAAUCUUUUUCAGCUAUUGUGGCAAAUGAAGGAAUUAUGUGUGAACUUUUGUUGCUUUGUUUAAUUUGUUGUCAGGCCCUUAUGUUUGGGGACAAUGCAGAAAGGGUUUCAGUGUCAUAGUUAAUAGAUCGACUUGAAUGCUGAUGAGUCGAACCAUUAUUAAUUGUUACUCCAUUUUAUAUGGUAACUCCCAGGGAGCUCAAUGUCAUGUUGAUAAGAGGAUAGUCUAGGAUAUAGAUAUCAUUGACAUGGUUUACUGUUUAUCAGAAUUUAGCAGUUUUU